AUGCCACGCCUAAUCCACCAUAGACGACGCCACUCUUGGCCGUACUGCGGCACGGGUAUGAGUGCCCGCGACCGUCGAAAUGUCCCCAUCAUCACGGUGACAGAGCCGGACGAUGAGUUUGAAACCGAGUUCCUGACCCCGAUCAUGUCGGAGGAUCUGUUCGAGGAUGAUGCCGCUUCUGCUGGGAUCGAGCCAACGCGAGCUCAUCAUCGGCUCUGGCAUUCGUCCAAAGAGUCCACUGGCGAUGGUUCAGCGCGCGUUGACACCGUAUCGCUUAGGAAGAUAGUGCAGCCGCCGCUGGACAGAGCCCGAUCGCUGUUCAUGUUGCCCACGGCGUCAUCUGCGAAGGAGAUCAUGUUGCUCCCGUACUGGGUCCAUCGGCUUGCUGCGCACCCUAUACCAACUCAUCAGCGAGGGAGGUCCCGGGAGACCGAGCGUGGCCGGCUGGCGAUCGACAAGAAUCAUCGUCGAUGCCACUCAGAGAGGCCGCGUUCAUGGAAACAGCCGAGCGAGAAUUUGUGGACAUUGAAGGAGGAGUGA